AUGGCACAGAGAGGAUGGUAUGAAGAAUGGCACCUGGAAUGGUGUUCCCUUAGAAUCUUGGCUGGUGCCUCUUUAGAGGGUGUGACUGGCUCAGAUUAUUCCUCAGUGGGAUGGUUACCUGGUACUGAAUCCCUGUGGCAGAGCACAACGAUUUCAUCAGGCAGUCAAAGCAAUCCUGUCAGAAGACACAGUAUAGCUUCCGACAGCGGGGACACUGGGAUUGGUACCUCCUGUUCUGACAGUGUGGAAGAUCAUUCAACUUCAAGUGGUACAUCCUCAUUUAAGCCCAGUCGAUCACUGGUUUCCAUUCCCACUGCCCAUGUGAUGCUGUCUAAUGCCAGCUCUUCACUUUCCAAACACAGGGAAGCUUUCAAGUCUGAUGGCUCAAAAUGGAGCACAAGCUUUGUACGGUCAGGAGGAGGCAGAAAUCAGGGUUCACUGGACAACUCCCUUGACAUGAAAGAUGCAAGACCUGUGAGAAAAUGGUCCUCCUUGUCUAAACUCAGCUCACCAAAUACCUUCAGCCAAGAUGGUAGUAGUCAUUUGAUGGAAUACAGGGCUGGUACAGACAAAGCCAUGUCACCACAAUUAAGGACAAAUGGGCCAAGUUGUUUGCAUGACAGCAUGGAGUUGCUAAAAAUUGAGGACAAAGAAAUGGGGAAAAAACGAUCUUCUCUACUGGACUGCAAAUAUAAAUUUGAAACGUGCAGCAAAGAUGAUUUUGUUUCAGAUUCCCCAAGUAGGAGACAUGCCUUAGACUUGACCUACAGUGCCUUACCUGAAAGCAAACCUACGGCAGCCAGUUGUGAGGCUUUCGGACAGAGAUACGCAACACUGGGACAACAGGCUGUGAGUGGAGCUCCCAUACAGCCGGCAGUGAGGACUCAAAUGUGGCUUAAGGAGCAGCUCCGUGCAAAUCCCCUGGACUGCAGGCCUGCCGAGGAGCCCUACGGUGUAGCUGCAUGGCAUGUGCAGCAGCCUGAAGAUUUUAGAAUAGGAGGUGAACAGCCUGUGCAGGUUUCACCUGGAACAUCUCGUCCAAGUUACCCAGCUAGCAGCUAUCAGGACUCCAGCAACUGGGAAUCUCUAAUGAAAAUUAAAGAGGGGCUGCUAAGACAGAAAGAGUUUGUGAUUGAUCGGCAAAAUCAGCAAAUUAACAAUUUACAUCAGAAGAUAAGGGAGAAUGAAUUACGAGCUCAACACGCAAGACUGAGCCAUCUUGUGAACUGCGAAGAACCUUACGUGACUAAUUUACAGCAACCACAGUAUGAGAGCACACUGCUGCAACCUCACAUUUCAGAAAGAUCAGCCUCCCACCUUGAGGAGCUUGAGCGAAAGAUUGCAGCAGCUGAGAAUAAGGAAUUACAACUCAGUGAAAUUGUAAAACAACUUUCAAACAAAUCUAGUGAGGAGAAAAAGAAGAUGGAGGAGAAACUUAAAACUAGAGAUCGAUAUAUUAAUAGCCUGAAAAAGAAAUGCCAGAAGGAGUCUGAGCAAAACAAAGAAAAACAAAGACGAAUUGAAACCUUAGAAAAAUACCUGGCUGACCUACCAACACUGGAUGAUAUAGAAGGGCAGACUAAACAGCUGCACAUUCUAGAAGAGAAGAACAGGCAACUUCAAGAAACUAUGACUGAGUUAGAAAAGAAGCUCGGCGAGGCCCGGUCGCAGUGCAGAGAGAGAGAAUUACAGCUGGCAUCUCAGAAGAAAAAAGAAAAAGAGCUGGUCACAACAGUGCAGAGUUUACAACAGAAAGUAGAAAAAUGCCUGGAAGAUGGUAUUCGACUUCCUAUGUUGGACACGAAACAGCUUCAGAGUGAGAAUGAAUGUCUUAAAGAGAAGAAUGAGAAAGCCAGUAAGGUCAUAGACAAUCAGCAAAAUCAGAUAGCUGGACUGAUUUUAGACAUGCAGUCUAUGCAAGAGAAGCUUUCACAAGAAAAGUUGAUAAUUCAGAAGAUGACAAAUGAGCUUGAGGAAAAAGAAAGGAAUAUAGAGCAGUUGAAUAAAACUCUCUCUGAAAACCAAAGACUGAUGGAAGAGAAUGCCUGCCUGAAGGAGCAGAUGCGGCUGGUGGAGCAGUCCAGGCAGCCAGUAUCUGAGAAGAUGCCUAUAGCAGACCAGUUGUUCAAGGAAAUGUCCCACUGCUUGUUUGACUUGAAAGCACUGUGCAGUAUUCUUACCCAGAGAGCUCAGGGCAAGGAACCUAACCUUUCCUUACUGCUGGGAAUCAGAUCACUGAGCUGUUCAGCUGAAGAGAGUGAAAACUACCACAGCACGGAAACUCUUUCCAAGAAGCUCUUGGACGUUUGUCAGUUACGGAAGGAUAUUGAUGAAUUGAGGACUAUAAUGUCAGACCGUUAUGCUCAAGACAUGGGGGACAAUUGCAUUACUCAAUGACAAAACUUCAUCUAGUAGAAAAAGACUUACUAAAUCCUGCUGUGUCACAGGUCUUUUCAUUUCUACUAAGGAACCAUAUUGGAAGGCUGCAAAUAGCCCCAGACAUGCACCUGCGAGGGCUGCGUAUAAUUAACCUUGGGAGUCUGGUCUGGAGGGGAGAGUCAGCAUUGAACAGAGUGGUACAAACUGCAAGAAAUCUUUUCUCCAAACUACUGAAUGUAGGAACAAGCUGUGAAGAAUGACUCAGUUGGACACUCUGUUUCCUUCAUUAGGGCUCAUUUCAUUACUUCACCUAGUUUUUGGAAUCAGAGCUUCAAAACAGCCGUGCUGCUACUGCUCUCAGUCCUUUCCUUCAUCAAGGGUUUGUGUGGCAUUAUAUGUGUUCUGAUAUUAGAGGAGAAGGUCAAAGGACCUGUAUGUGGUGAAGCCAGAGGUUUCUGCCACUGCACGUCACUCUAAGAAUUGCAGUUGGAACAAUCUUGGAGCACUACAAAAAGUAGUUGCUAUCCAAGUUGUCUAAAAAUAGGAAUAUAGGAAAGAUGGUUUUAGUAGUGGAUUGUUUGUCCAAUAGCAGAUACCCCCCCAAGUUUAACUCCUUUAUGCAAACAAGUCCAUAAAAUAUAGCUAUAUCAGGUUGUUUGAAGUGCUCUCACAUUGCUGUAAGAAGUUUCAGUAAUAUGAAUUCUGUGACAAGCCCAGCGAAGCUAUAAGACAUGAAACUGCAGCAUAGUACAUGGCUGCAGGAAAACAAACAAACAAACAAAGCAACCAACAACUGUACUUUGGUGUUUGUAUUAACUUUUUCCUUAGGUCCUCUCCAUUUUAAAAUGUGGCUGGUCUGUGUUCUGUUGCUGAAGGCCUCUGAUGAGGUUGUGCACCACCUCAACCAUUUUUUACCACAGCUAUAGAAAGGGUUUUUAACUCUUGGCAAAAUCAGGGCUCGAACCAGAAGUUUUCCAGUUAGAAGUAUUAAGUAUUUGGUUAUCUGAGAACUGCAACGUUUGCCACAUUGUUUUGGAAUUUUUGAUCUCUCCAUUUUUGUAGGAAGCAAUUACCUAAAAAAAUAAGAUUGUGUUCCAUAGCUUAUUCAAUGAGUAUCACUUGGCAGUGCUGUUUAACUCCCAUGGGACAGAUGACAUUUCCUGGAACAUUACUGCAAGGUAGCUGCACAGUUAUGCAUGCUGGAAAAUAGUAUUUAACUGAAGAAAACAAAAACCUGUGAAGAGCAAAACCACUUCCAAAACACACUGUUAAGAAAAAUACGUGCAUCACUUACGUGUGUGGGACUAAAAGAAGGUUUCAGAUGCUUUAAAAUGCAAGUCAGUCAACUUACCCGUAGUGGGGAUACCAGCAGAAAUCUCUUAGAAGGCUUAGCAAUUAGAACCAAGAAAAUUCUAGGGUAACAUUUUUAUGGCAAAAGUGUUAGUAUCUUCUGUUUUCUGAUUAUAUUUGUGUUAAUAGAAAAAAGUGGUAAAGCAACAUAUGCUGGUUACCAGUUUUAACUUGGUGAUAUUUUGCUUUCUGUCGAUUGUUAAACAGUUACCAUUAAUGUUGUUUUUAUAAUUUAGUGGUUUAUUUUUUUAACUAUAUGCAUUUAUUUAUUUCACAGUUUUCUCUAUCCUGAAACUACACUUGGACUAAUUUGCGAAAAAUAACAUUGCUAUUUAUAUUACUGCUACAUGGUGUUUCCAGAUAGAUUAAUCUGGUUCAGCUUCUGUGAGCACUGAAACAGUGUCUAGAGGAAAUCGCAAGUGAAAUUGUUUAGUGUCUACUUAAAGGAAAAGAAAUGAGGCCAUUUUAUUUUAAAUUUCUAUGCUCUUUCUGUAUGCACGCUGCAAUCUCUCCACAAGGGUGCAAUUUUCUCUGGUUUUCCUUGUCCUUCUCAAUACUGUGAUGGGGUGGAGUUGGAAAUAUGAGUGUGCUCUUCUCAUUGAUGUAACAAGUUUGUCAUGAUUGGGGAAAAGGUCUUCUGAACUAAUCUGCAUUCUUAGACUGCAAACAGAUCAAUGGUAAUUAUCUAAAGGGGUGAUUUAUUGUGGAAGCUCAUUAGCAGUAUUAAUUCCACAUUAAUACACAUCUUCCACAUUGAAGGUGUACUUUUUUUACUAGUGCAAAACUGAAGACAAGGAACUUUGUACAAAUGGGCUGGCAUGGUUUUCUGUGCCUCUGACAGUAUUGGCUUUUGUAACUAAAGACUCAGCUCCUUCCUUUGGUGUAGUUUGCUGGUUUUGGUCCUGCAGUGAAGUAGUAGUCUUCAGUUUAUGGCAUUUGUCUCCUACCAGAAUUCAACAAUAGCAUUUCAGAUAAUAAAUGAGAAGCAUUAGGGAGAGAGGAAAUACCUAAGUUACACAUUGUUGUUUGUUUCCUUAAAUGGCAAUGUUGUACCUAUAAAAAUUUACCAAGCAACACUUUUUCUAAAUUUGAUGAAAAUAACAAGGAGGUUAAUAGAGCAAUUAGAGAGGAGCAGGAGAUCUUUUUUUUGAACUGUUAAGCUUGUCACUUGGCUGGUGUGCCUCCAGUGCCCCUCCUGUUAAAGGGUGAUACUGUACUGAAAGCUGAGAUCAGUAAUUUAUGUUUGCAGAGCACUUCACUUUUUAUGGUCUUCGAGUAUUAGUUGAAAGUUUCUCUGGAAGGAGGUCCCAAUUUAUUUGUAAUACUUUGAUUGCAGUGCUGUAAUCUUGCAUUGUGAUGUUUUUCUUACAGAACCUGUAAUAUUUAUGUUGACUUUAAAGCACUUGAUUUUGAAACCCCGUGAGUUUAUCUGCCUCAGUCAAAUUAAAGUAGGGAGGUAAAUGAUGGAUUUAUGAGCCAAAGAUGCAGACUACCAACUGACUGUCUACAGUGAUGCAGUAUUUUGCUUUGAUUCCUUAAAAUUUGGCCUGUUGUAGUGGUAGCAAUUACUAUAUAUGCAUCAGUUUACAGAUGCCUCUAAAUGGAAUAAGCUUUGUCUAAGAUAUGCAUGACUGUUUAAUUGGUUAAAAUGUAGUGUGUGUGUGGUGUCAUUCAACUUAUUUAAUACGGAGUUGAUUAAAGAAUGUUAACAUUG